CUCAAGUUUUGUUUUUUCAUAUAAAUUAAAGUAUGAGUCGUCUUAUAGAAUUGGCAGUGGAGUGUUAUGUUGCAUUUUAUGUUAUUUAGCUGUAUAGCUUUGUGUCAUUCAUUCUUUAAUAUUUUCUGGUCUUUUAUCAGUUUGCUAGGGGUCUAUUGAUUUGGCAACGCAACAAUGACACACACACACACACAUGCACAGAGAGAGAGAGAGAGAGAGAGAGAGAGAGAGACAGACAUAAAGGGAAAGAUAGAGAAUUUGCAGUUAACAACCUCACCACCUGACUCUCGGUCACGAGCAUAGCGCGCGACCGUAAGGGGACUCCAGUCUACGAGAAUCUGCUUCUUGACUGUUCAGUUACGCGCGAGGUGUGUCCUGUGUGUCCAUAUGAAACUCACCACUGCGACCAUCAGGUGCAUUAAGAAAGGGACCGGCAGAAGCGCGCUGGCAACGCAAUGAAGGGAUACAGGAGCACUAGCAACUGUAGGGAAGGUGAUGCUUACUGAUAUGUCUCUUUGAAAGAGAAGACUAAGAAAAAAAGGCGAGGGACAGAAGAACUUGGACUGCAGGAGAGAAUAACAUCGCAUGGGGCCAUGAGUGGUGCAGACCCCGCAGCGAACAAACUGUUGAGUUUCAACCAACGCUCAGCGUCAGAGGAUCUUGGGUGCCGGAGAGGAGAGUUCAGCCGGAAACACUAUGGAUCAGUUGAACUGCUCAUCUCCAGUGAUGCAGACGGGGCCAUACAGAGAGCUGGGCGAUUCAGAGUGGAGAACGGUUCAAUAGAUGAGGCCUCUGACUACACACCUGGAACAUGGAGGCGAACUGACGUCCAUUUGGAGAACCCAGAAUAUCACACCAGAUGGUACUUCAAGUACUUCCUGGGAAAAGUUCAUCAAAACUACGUGGGGACGGAUGCAGAGAAGAAUCCCUUCUUCCUGUCUGUGGUUCUGUCAGACCAGAACAACCAGAGGGUCCCACAGUAUCGAGCCAUCCUGUGGCGCAAGACGGGUACUCUAAAAAUCAGCCUUCCAUACAGUCCGACAAAAACACUAUCAGUCAAAUCUAUUUUAAGUGCCAUGAACGUGGAUCGUUUUGAAAAGGGCCCGAGGGAGAUCCUUAACCCAGAGAUUCAAAAGGACUUACUGGUGCUGGAGGAGCAAGAGGGCAGUGUAAACUUUAAAUUUGGUGUUCUUUAUGCCAAAGAUGGACAGUUGACAGAUGAUGAAAUGUUCAGCAAUGAAUCAGGAAGUGAGAAUUUUGAUAAAUUUCUGAAUCUCCUUGGUGACACGAUAUGUCUGCAGGGCUGGGCAGGGUAUCGAGGAGGACUGGACACUAAGAACGACACUACAGGAAUAAAUUCCAUCUACACAGUCUAUCAGGGUCACGAGCUCAUGUUCCAUGUUUCCACCAUGUUACCUUAUUCUAAAGAGAACAAGCAACAGGUAGAGAGGAAGAGACAUAUUGGGAACGACAUUGUGACCAUUGUGUUUCAGGAGGGAGAUGACGCCUCUCCAUCCUUCAAACCCUCUAUGAUUCGCUCCCAUUUCACACAUAUUUUUGCCUUAGUUCGAUAUAAUAGCCAGAAUGAUAGUUACAGGUUGAAGAUUUUCUCAGAGGAGAGUGUGCCGCUGUUUGGCCCACCGCUCCCUUCUCCUCCAGUGUUCACAGACCACCAGGAGUUCAGGGACUUUUUACUAGUUAAAUUAAUAAAUGGAGAAAAAGCCACUCUUGAGACCCCCACUUUUGCUCAGAAACGUCAGCGCACGCUGGACAUGCUGAUCAGAUCUUUGUACCAGGAUCUCAUGCCUGACAUGCCCAAGGUUCCCUUCUCUCCGCAGAACAUGCUGAACCGACGCUCAUUCAGCGAUGUACUGCCAGAGUCGCCCAAAUCCGCCCGUAAAAAAGAAGAGGCACGCCAGGCUGAGUUUGUUCGAGUGGGACAGGCCUUGAAGCUGAAAACUAUAGUUCGAGGGGAUGCACCCACCAGUCUCGUCACCACUGGCCUUUGCAGGAAAGAGCCAUGGGAGUCACAGUCAUUCUGCAGUAGCUUCCCGUAUGAUAUAGUCUGUGGAGAUUCGUGGGGACAGUCAUUACUGGUCGCCACAGAUUCAGCAGGGGUCAUGCUGCUGGAGGCCUCAGAUCCACUGUUCUCCAAUGCAGAUUCACCAACCCUGCCUCCGGUGCAGGUAUUUGACAAAACCUUGACUGUCAAACAAAUGCACGUGCUUGAACCUCAGGACCUCCUCAUUGCAAGAGCAGAUAAGGGGAAAGAUGCUCGACUGUAUGUUUACAGACUGAGCUCUCUCAAACGGGGGAUAGAGGAGCGGCAGCUUGUCCGCACCAAGUGUGACAGUCGAGAGAACAAGCUUGAGAAAACCAAAGGCUGCCAUCUCUACUCCAUAAACACGCAUCACGGGGUGGAGCUCAGAAUCGUUGCGGCGAUAAGAAACAAGCUCCUCCUGAUCACCAGGAAACAGUCACGCCUCGAUUGCCUCAGCUCUAUCGCUACAGUCACAGGGAGUACUGACUCACCUGUGGAAGAGUUCCAGUACAUACGGGAGAUCUGCUUAUGUGACUCGCCGGUGGUAAUGGCCCUGGUUGAUGGCCCAACAGGAGAGAAUGAUCACAUGAUCUGUGUGGCCUACAGACAUCAGUUUGACUUGAUCAAUGAGAGUACAGGAGACGCUUACAGACUACACCAUGUAGACUCCAACCGGGUGAACUUUGUUGCUGCCAUAGAUGUGUAUGAAGAUGGAGAGGCUGGACUUCUUCUUUGCUAUAACAAUAUCUGCGUCUAUAAGAAGGUGUGUCCGUUUAACGGAGCAACACCCAUGAUUCAGCCAAAUACUUCAGACUUCCAUUUCAGCUGGAACCAAAUGCCCAACGCUAUUGUGUGUGCAUUCCCGUAUAUCCUUGCAUUCACCACCGACUCCAUAGAGAUUCGACUAGUCGUUAAUGGCAACCUAGUAUAUACAGCUGUCGUUCCAGAAUUGCAACUGACUGCUUCCAGAUCCGAUAUCUAUUUCAUCUCGUCAGCACCUAUAAACUCUGCCUCCAACUGUAGCUCCAGAGACACUAGUUCCCAGAGUUCCCCUCAGACUCCAACCGGCUACGAGAUGCCUGUCUUCCCUUCACCACUUGGAGAUGAUUGUAUUCGGAUCCCCUACGGCACCAAGCUAUCCCUCUACAUGUCUAAAGACACUGAAGGUGAAGCUCCCUCAAAACACAUCUAUAAAAUCCCAUUGAGCAACCUAGUUGGACGGAGCAUAGAGAGGCCCCUCAAGUCUCCAUUGGUCAAUAAAGUGCUCACGGCACCUGCCCCCAGUGUGAUUGGCCCCGCUACCAUGAUCGCAAGCACAACCUCCCUCUCACUGUCUCGCAUGGAGAUCAAAGAGAUCGCCAGCCGGACACGGAAAGAGCUGCUGGGUUUGACUGAGGAACCCAGCAGUAAGGCUGAUGGUAACUCAGUGAAACAGAGAAGAAUGAGCAAGAAGACCAAGGAGGAAGAACAGAGGAGAACAGCAGAGAUAAGCACCAAUGAGCAAGUGGGAAUGGAGUCUGUAGAUGGAGAAACUGAUGUCCAUCGGCUUUGCUCAUCUGGCUCUGAGGUGGAGCCACGAGAUGAGAGCCCACCCACGGCCAGCCCUUUUACCUUCUCCACAUCUUUUGAGGAGGAUAUUCUGGACCUUAAGUGAUGACAAUCACAGUCUGUGGAUCAAAGUGCACCUCUCACCUUAUACAUCCUUCUACCUUUUACUUUAUAUCAUUCUUAUUUACCAUGUUACGUUGAAUUUUGUGUUUUCCUCAGUUUGCCCACUCAUCUGUGUGCGCAAAUGAAUCCCCAGAGCUUUAAACUUGAAGGAGUUUACAGUGUGAUGAUGUCAAAAUUUACUCAUGGUGGAUGUAUGCAUGUGUGUGUGUGUGUGUGUAUGAUCCUGUGUUUACUCUAUAGGAACGAUAGAAAUACAACUAGAAAAUUCAGAUUCUCAGCUAUUAUUUCAGAAUUCUGUUUAAAGAAAAAAAGAAAAACUGACCAAAAAUGUUAACACCCCCUAGAAUUUGAGUUAAUCAAGGCUUGAUUUAGUUUCUAAUUUCUAUGAUUGAUGAGACACAUUCUUCAUCAGCUUUUGGACAAAUUUGUAGCUUUGUAGCAAACUUGUAGCCAUAUGAACAGAAAUAAGAAAUUAAAAAAAAAAAAAAAAAAAGGAACCACAAUUUAAGGUCAAGGCAAAUAUUACUUUUCACUCCAAGACCUGAAUGUAAGAGUGACACUCCUAAAAACAAUGAAACAUUUUUUAACUCCUUAUUUUGUGUUUUUAAAUGUUUUCUAUGUUUGUGAUUUGUACAUUGUGUGAUUAUUUCAAAGUUGUAUAAAACUCUAUAUGCAUCUCGGACCAGAUGCACAUGAACAUACAAAUGUAAACAUACAUAUAUACAUAUAAAUAUAUAUACCUUUCUAGUUCUAUUGUAUUAUGGAGAAAUAAAGCUCACUUCUUGUGUAUUUCAAUGUUAUGGUCUAACCUGCCUUCACCCUCACCAUGCUUUUAAACCCUGACAUGCAAACCCUCUGCAGAAAGGGCAGGAGUCUCCCACAAGUGCCAUUUUCUACUGCAGCCGUCAAACACUAGCGCCCUCUAUCAGACUGACCAUGGAUUGCAUAUGUCAUGAGGCAGAAGCAAACAAAAACCAUUACAGAACACAGUCUGGUCACUACAUCUGGUAAAUGUGCAGUUGUUUACUAUGCUAACAGUAUGAGCUUUGAUCCAUGAACAUCCGCAUUUACAGGCACACACAGUCAAAUGCAGUCUUUAAGUGCUGUUGCUUCUUGAAAAGGGCUCUGGAUCACCUGCAUGCCUCCCUUCAAACCCACUAUAAAAUAAAAGGGAUUUGAUGUAUUAAUGGUUUAGAAUUAGGAUGUUUUAUCUUUACUCUUCUCAUGGAUUUGGUACAAAUAAAAAAAAAAAAAAAAAAAAAAAAAAAAACACAUCUCUAGGAAUUAAAGCCAGGGUUACUUAGAUUAUAUCUCUGACUCUGGGUUAUACAGUCAAAAAAAAAAAAAAAUCUUCACCAAUAUCUUUGUCUUGUUUUCUAGUAGAAUCUAAAAAUCUUAAAACAAGAUGAAUUUAUGUGAGAAGCAAAGCGAUAUUACAACCUUCUCUUUUUUUGGCCCAUUUUUUCUUGAUUCAGGCAUAAUAUAUAAAAAUAUUUUGCACUACAUUAUAAUUUUUUUUCCCACUAAUAUAUAUUCUUAACAAGAUUAUUUAAACAUGUUUAGAUAUUUUAACUGGAAAACAACACAAAAAUACAGAAUAAAGAUUUUUGCUGUGUAAUAAGAGAACGAGAAUAUUGAUUCUGCUGUUUACAGUUCAAACUCAGAGAUGUUUAAAGAAUGUCAUCAAAGUGACACCAGAACACAAGAGCCUCAGGAACAGCACAAAAGGAGGUGUAAGUAUUAAACUGCUUAGCUGAAUGCAUGACCCCCCACACUCUCAACCUUUCUCCAUCUGAAUGUGAACCAUUUAACACUGGUAGCAGACUGGACUAAAAAGGGAAAACUUGGGAAUAUUUUUGUAAAUGAAGAGUUUUACAUAUUAUUUAUUUGCUAUUUUGUUGUCUUUGAAGGGAAUGGGAGAGCCAGAGACUGAUGGAAUAUAUUUUUCAGUUUUUUUUUUUUCCUAUUGUCCGUUGUCUUCCCCCUCCUUCUGUUCACUCCCCUAACUGUUUUCACAGUGGUUUUGUAUCUAUAUCGAUAUUAACUGUUUAGACUGUUGCAGAAAUUCUGUGAUAUCAGAAAUUAAACAAAAAUGAAUUAAAAAAAAAAAACACCAAGUGUCUUAAAAUAUCGUAUUGCCAUUGUUUUUAAUGCCAAGUACUACUUGUAAAUGUUAGUGUUUCAGAUGUGGCCUCAAAAAUAUUACUAUUAUUAUAGCAUUUAUUUGAGAAAGUGCUGUAGCCCACUGCUGUAGUUAUUGUUCAUUGAUAUGAAAUAAAUAUUUAUGAAAUUUGA